CUUCUUCUUAAUUUCGUACAGUUAUUAGUUAAUAACGAACAAUCUGGCAGUAGAAGUAAAUCUUUAAAAUUUGUUCUAUCAUGAGCGCCAGGACUAUAGAUGCUAAUCUUUCACCGCCCCGCGAAAAAAGGAUAUCUGUGUGGUCUUUUCAAAAGUCGGCAAUUUCGGUGAAGAGUAGUAAGGCUAUGGACAUAAGUAUAUGCAAGACAGUUUUUAAAUGUUAUAUUUUAUUUGUCAUUCAAAUUAUCGGGCUUUCUGUCUUCUUCUUGAUGAUCACAACGUACUUAAACUUAAAAUUAUUGUUGAAACAGAACUCUUGGGUCAGUUUACUGUGUAUGCUUAUCUAUGCCAUACUCUUCAUAAUAAGACUCGUUUGGAAAGACGUUGUCGUUUUGAACGUAAUUUUAGUAUGCGUCAUGAGCACAUUAGGAACAUGGACCAUCGGAGUGAUUGCUUCGACGUUCUCCUUAACAACGGUCUCGUGCGCCUUUGUGGUUGCCGUCAUAUCCAUAACGAUCAUGUCAUUCAUCGCAAUCACUUAUAGAUACGUGAUACCGCAGAAGUUAGUUAUUGGCAUAGUUAUCGCCGCCUUGGCGUUGAUAUCUGGAAUAGUGACCAUGGUCGUUCUACACCUGGCCGUGACAAUUGCCUUAAUAUUAUUCUCAAGCUUAACGGCCUUCUUGUUGUAUGUGCUCUUCGGCUACGACUUACUUUACCAACUUGCUUGCUUGAACGACGAUUACAUUUCCAUCGACAUGGAACUUUACACUAUAUUUCUCAUAGCCCUGUACUUCUCUUUUCUCACUUCCCAUGAAGGCUUCAAAAAAUAUUAUUAGCAAGAGCUCCAGAAGAGGGAAAUGGCCCUAAAUCAAGUUAAUAAAACUUCAAGGUAUAAGACAAGUGAAAACGUUAAACUGUGUUGUUAAUCAAUAAAUGUAUCAAAUUGAGUGUGUAUUUAUCAUUAUUAAUACGUACGAUUAAU